AUGUUAGCGCUUAUUUCACCUUCGGAGAUUGAUUAUAUUAUCCAAGGCGUUGACGAUAACCUUCGCGCAGAUGGGAGAGGGUGUCUUGAUUAUCGGGAGGUAGUAAUAGAGACUGGAAUGAUAUCUCAGGCUAAUGGGAGUGCCAGAUGUAGGCUUGGCGAGGGAACUGACGUGCUCGUUGGUGUGAAAGUCGAAAUUGGAAGCAUCGAAAUAGAUGGGGCUGACGAAGAAGUUGCAGCUAUAAAAGCAAAGAGGGGAAGGGUGGUUUGCAACAUCGAAUGUUCUCCUAUUGCGUCACUACAAUUUGCUGGCAGAGGCGCUGACGAUAUCAAUAAUGAACUAACACAAACAGUGGAUCGCGUAUUGAAUGGACCACAAGGUGGUAUUAACCUCGAAAAAUUAUGCAUUCUUCCGGGGGAGGAAUGUUGGGUUGUCUAUAUCGACGCGCUUGUAUUGGAUUAUGCUGGAAGUAUUUUAGAUACAAUAUUUAUGACUAUACGGGCAGCUCUUUUUAAUACCCGCGUUCCGAAAACCACUGUAGAAAACAAUGAGGUUGAGAUUUCCGGGGAUGUCGAAGAAUGGGAGAGAAUCGAGGGUUGGGAACAAGUGCCAGUAUCUAUUACCUUGAACAAGAUUGGAUCGCGUUAUGUCGUUGAUGCGACACCAUUAGAAGAGUUCACCACUGAAGCAAAAUUAUCCGUGACGGUUAACAAAAGUGGAAAAGUGUGCGGGAUACAAAAGAGUGGGGGCGGUAGCAUUGAACAUAGUCUUCUGAAUGAAAUGAUUCAGACGGGGAAAUCAUUGGGACAGACCUUGAUAAUUAAUUUAGACGAAAUUCUUAAAAAGGAAGAGGAUGACCUUGAUGCACGAAAUGGACCUUUAGAAAAACUUGGAUUCUUUGCUGCAACAUAA